AUGGCGCCAUUGGUGGGAGCUGCAACGCCUAGCAGCGGCGAUUCCCCGCCGCCGGAUAGCGAUGAUUCCCAGCCGCCGGACGGCGAGGACAGCGAGGAAGAGGCUGAGGAGCAGGACGAGGAGGAGGAGGAAGAGUCUGAGGACGCGGUGGCCCGGGAGAAGGCGGACACGGACACGAAGGCGAAGCCGGUCGCUGCGGCGCGCGGCCGCGAGAUCAUCGACAUCGACGAUGACGAGGAGGAGGAGGAGGAGGGGGCGGAGGUAGUUGCCGACGCUGAGGUCCAGCUUGGCGAGGGCGGGGGGCUUGUCGUCAAGGAGGAGCCUCCCAGUGAUUCCGACUCCGGCGACGUGGACUGGGACGAGCUCGAGCGCCUCUACCCAAGCGACGAGGAGCGCAGUGGCAAAGCGAGCUAUGCUGGGGGUAGGAGGAGCGGCGGCCCCACUGGCUCUCCCGGCGGCGAAGUGAAGGGUGGGAGUAGCACUAGCGGGGGGGCCAGCACGGGUCGGCAAGAAGGUGCUUGUGAGGUAGCAGGCGAAGUGGAGAUGGAUCUGGAGGAUAAUGACGGUGCAGAGGAGGGGCAAGACCACCAAGAGGAAGAAGAUAAAGAUGAAGAGUACGAGGCGGAAGAGGAGGAAGAAGAAGACGACGACGAUGAAGAAACGGAAGAAGAUGAGGCGGGCGACGAGGAAUCUGAGGCAGGGGAAGGACCGGGCCGUCGCGGCGUGCCUAGCAAUGCCAGGGCGGCGGCCGGCGACAGCGCCACGGAGGUCUUCCUGAGGCGGAAGUUCGAAGGGUGGCUCAUCUCCAGGGUAGCGGACACCGCCAAUGACGCCGGCAGCACCGUCGCGGCACGGACGCGGUCACGCCGGAGGUGCCCCAACAGGAAGCUGCUCAGGCGAGGCACCUGCAGCAAGCCGUACUGCGUCGACACGGCGUCGUCGGAGUCCGCCUGGGAGUCGUCAGAGGAGGACGUCGCGCCACCUCGUGCUCCAGCGCCGUCGUCCAGUGAGGAGCGUGAGCUGGGUGGCGGCGGCCGCGGCAGCUAUCGCAGAACGGUGACAGGGAAGAGACGUCGCCGUGGAAAGAAACCUGCCAACGGGGAUGACAGCUCUGAUUCCGGUGGUGGUCAGGGAGUGGCGGCCAAGAGGAGGGGAAAGUACAUGAAAAAUAAUGCUGAACUCGGCGGUGGUGGCGGCGAAGAUCGGGAAACGGCAGCGAGGAGGAGGGGGAAACGGCCCAUGGAUCCUAAUGCUGCUGCUGAUGGACAUGGUGACGACGAUGAGUCGGACGGACCCUUUGCCAGGAAGCCAAAAGGAAGCUACGUCUUCAAGAACAAGGAUGGAUUCGGCGAUGUUACCUUCAAGAAUAGCUCCCUUGUCAUUCCGAGGGGGCAGGGCCGCCGGGAGCGAGAGACCUACGACGAUCUGCUCGACACCAUUUUCGAGGGAAUCGAGAACUACCACAACGGCUCUGCUCCGCAGGAUGCCUCUGUUCCUCCUGCACAAGGACAGGGAUGCGACACGUUGCCUUUGAUCUUCUCAUUCGAGGAUGAAGAAGAGGUGGUGGUAGAGAAGACAGAUCAUGAAGAGGUUGUGGACGAGCUGUUUGCAGACUGGGAUAACCUCGUCCUCGAGGAGCAAGAGCAAUACAACGAUGACCCUGCCCAUACCCACGACAAGGAUGAAAAGAGCAAUAUGCAUGAAAUUCCUGCUGAUGGAGCAACUUCAUGCAGAUGCAAGCCAGGGAAACAUGUUCUCUUUCUUGAUGACCAAAUAGGUAUUAGAUGCAAAAUCUGCGAUUAUAUUGAAAUGGAAAUUCGAGACGUAUUCCCCGCUAUGAUGAAGGACUUUGCGGACAGGGAACCGGCAGCUGACCGGGAGUUGGACUUGCUCUUUGAUGAUAUCCUAAAAUCAAUUGGACAUGAAGGAGCGAGUGACGUCGGUGGUCACAAAACUGGCGUUGUCUGGGAUCUCAUUCCCGGGGUACGCGAAGACAUGUUUCCACACCAGCAGGAAGGAUUUGAGUUCAUGUGGAAAAGACUUGCAGGGGGAAUCGACAUUGAACAGCUGAAGCAGACCAUGAACAGUGAUACUACAAGUGGCUGUGUGAUUUCUCAUGCCCCAGGGACCGGCAAGACCCGGCUAGCAAUUACAUUUGUGCAAUCUUACCUGGAGAUAUUCCCGCACUGCAGGCCAGUGAUAAUUGCUCCCAGGGGUAUGCUGGCUACAUGGGAGCAGGAGUUCAGAAAAUGGAAGGUGAAGCUCCCUUUCCAUGUGCUGAGUUCUAGUGAUAUUCAGUGGAGUGAAGACAAGACCAUCCAGAAACUGGUUUCACGAGAUGAAAGUCUGCGGCAGAAGUUGUCUGCGAACAAACUGAGCCAGAAAUCUACGCUAAUGCUGAAGCUGGCAUCCUGGUAUGAAGGCAGCAGCAUCAUUGGUCUGAGCUACUCGCUUUACAGGAAUCUUGCCAAGGGUGAAGGCACUGACGGAAAAACGGUGAGGAAUCUUCUUCUUGAGAAGCCUGGCUUGUUGGUCCUCGAUGAGGGGCACACACCAAGGAACAAGAAGAGCCUAAUCUGGAAAGUCCUUGCAGAAGUCAGCACCGAAAAGCGGAUAAUUCUAUCAGGGACUCCAUUCCAGAAUAACUUCCUAGAGCUCUAUAACAUCUUGUGCCUGGUUAAACCGAAAUUUGCAAGGGAUUUUGCUUGUACAAGACUCAGCAAGAAAGGACAAUCAAGAGCAGCACCUCAGGUGGAGGAGGAUGAAGGCAAGGAAUUCUGGACUUCACUGAGGAUAGGUAACAUAACAGAUGAACAUAUCCGUGAAAUACGGGAAAAGCUGGACCCUUUUGUGCACAUACAUAAUGGUGACAUUCUUCAGAAGUCUCUUCCUGGACUGAGAGAAUCUGUUGUGAUUCUGAACCCUCUUCCCCGUCAGAAGGAAAUCAUCGCAAUGAUGGAGAAAAGUGCAGGGAAGGGUUUUCUUGAUGCAGAAUACAAGAUAUCUCUUGCAUCCAUACACCCGUUCCUUGUCACGGGCACAAAACUGUCAGACGAAGAAGCAUCUAUUGUGGAGAAGAUGCAGAGUGUACGGCUGAACCCAAGCGAAGGAGUCAAGACAUGGUUCGUCCUGGAGAUUGUCUGUCUUUGCGAAGCAUUGAAAGAAAGAGUGCUCGUGUUCAGCCAGUACCUUGAACCACUGGCCUUGAUCAUGGAUCAGCUGACCAGAAAGUUUAAAUGGACUGAAGGCAGGGAGAUCCUAUUGAUGAGUGGAAAUGUGCGUGUGAAACAGCGCGAAGCCUUGAUGGAAGCCUUCAAUGACAUGAACAGCGAGGCUAAGGUGAUGCUUGCAUCAACCAAGGCCUGUUGCGAAGGCAUAACUCUUGUUGGUGCAUCGCGUGUCGUUCUCCUCGAUGUCGUGUGGAAUCCUUCUGUUGGAAGGCAGGCGAUUGGCCGAGCCUAUAGAAUCGGUCAGGAGAAGAUUGUGUACACAUACAAUCUGAUCGCAGAAGGAACAAAGGAGAAGGUCAAAUAUGACAGACAAGCUUCGAAGGAUCACAUGUCCAAACUACUGUUUUCAAAUGAACUGCAGACUACAGGGAGCAACCAGGCACAAGAAAUGUUCGAUGACAGGGUUUUGGAAACUAUGACUGGACGCGAAGACCUCAAAGACAUGUUUGUGCAGAUUUCGCAUUGA